UUGAUAAUCCAUUAUUUUCAUCUUAUUUUCAUGAACUUUUGAUCUGCUAAAAUUGGACAUAUAUUUCAUCAUUUAAUAUUCUAUAUUUUGUUUUUAAUUACGAAAAAUCCAUGGAUCCAAAUGUCGUAGCCAAGUUGAUGAAAGAUGAUUUUGACACACCCGAUCCUGAUGAAGAUUUUGAUGAUGCCGAUUUGGAAAGUGAACUUGCUGGUAUUGUGGGUGGAAAAUCUUCGUCAAAAAUCGACAAGCCUCAAGCUAAAAAAUCUGUAGCUACUAAGGGUAAACCUGGAAAGCGACAGCCUCCAAAAAAUCCUGGUGAAGAAGAAGAUGAAAUGGCUGCAUUCGAUAUGGAUAAUAUUCAAAACUUAUUGAAAAAUAUUGAUGCCGUGGAAGAAGAGGAUGAUGAAGAAAUCGAUGAAAAUGAUCCAAAUUUAUUGUCGGAACUGACCAAUGUAUUAGAGAAUCCUUUGCCUGGACCAAGAAAAAAGACUCGAGUUCCUCAACCCACUGGUCCACUCGUACAAGAAGAAAUUUUAAUUAAAUCUAAGGAACCCGAGCCUUCUAAACCAUCAGUUAAUGAACAAAAUAUAACAAAAGUGAAAAAUCUUCAAAUCGAAUAUAAACGAGCAGCACUUAAAGCAAAAACUACUGGAGAUAAAAAUGCAGCCUUAACUUAUUUGCGAGUUUCAAAGCAAUUAGACGGCAUGUUGAAUUCAUUGAAUGCCAAUGAAAAUGUAGACAUGUCGCAAUUGCCUCCUCUUCCAAAAGAUUUACCUAUUUCGGCUCCACAGCCGGAUCCUACUUUCAUUGCUGCCAACGUCGAAGUGCCUGCAGAAUUACAGCUAAACGCGGACGAUGCUUCUAAAUUAUUCAAAGCACCCACUUCGGCUGGUUCAAUAACAGAAGCUUUGGAACAGCGUUUAGCGAAAUUCAAAUCGACAAAAGAACAAGCCGAUGCCGAAGGUAAUGGCAAUAAAUCCAGACGUCUUGGUCGAAUUAUAACACAGAUCCAGAAAGCAAUGAAAGACUACAAAGCUGGGAAACCUGUAAACUUUGAUGAGUUGCCAUGUCCUCCAGGAUUUCCACCAAUUCCAGUUGAAAAUCAAGCAGCACAACCACCUGUUUCGAAACCAGUAUCACCACCUGUUGUUCCACGAAGACCGGCGCCAAUGAUACCUUUAAGAGCAUCAGAGCCUACAUCAACAACAGUUCAAGAAGAGCCUGUGACCAGUGGUGAUCAAGGAAACGAUGUAGUGGAAAUUCCACCAGAAUAUCAAAUGAACGCUGAUGAAGUAUCCAAAUUUUUCAAUGCUCCAACAUCAGCCGGCUCUGUGAUGGAAGCACUUGAACAACGAUUGACGAAAUUUAAAGCAACAAAAGAACAAGCUAUGGCUGAUAAUAACGCAAAUAAAGCUAGACGACUAGGUCGAAUUGUUACACAGAUGGAAAAAGCAAUCAAAGAUUAUAAAGCGGGAAAACCAGUGGAUUUUGACGAAUUGCCUUGUCCACCUGGAUUUCCCCCCAUUCCUGUUGAGAAUAAAGCUUCAGAUACUGUUGCACCAAAGCCGCAACAACCAGCGCAGAAACCCAGACCGUCAUUGAAAAAACAAAUGUCGACAACUGCUUCUAAACAAUUGAAUUAUCUUCUGGAACGACAAAAGCUGUUCAGAGAAGCGGCCAUUGAGGCAAAAAAACGAGGCGAAAUAGAACAGGCAAAAGAAUAUUUACGCAGCGCUAAAGGAUUCGAUGCAUUGAUUGAAGCAACCAGAAGUGGUUUACCUAUUGAUGCUACAUCCAUACCGACACCACCACAAUUGAAUGAGGAUUUCCUUGUUGUAAGUAAACCAACCGAUGAGGAUGAGGGUAGUGAUGCCAUUCCUCGUUCGGUAUUUGAUAUUGAUCGCGAUGAAUUAUAUGAUAAAAUUGCUCAAGAACUUAAGCAACAGAUUGAGAUGUGUAUUCGUAAUCGUGAAUAUUUUCUAAAAAUGGGUGACAUCCCUACAUCGAGCAAAUUCGAGAAAUAUGCGGCUGACAGUAAAAAAGAUUUGAAUAUGUUGCUUAUUCGACGAAAGAAUGGUGAUCCAAUACCAUCUUAUCGAGUUGAAGAACGCACAUUUUCGAUUGUCGUAGCGAAUUUAGACGUACCAUUGAAUGAACUUCACGUGGAAGUUAUACGUGCAUUUGAUUUUUCUGGCACACCUACUAUCGAUACUUAUGUACGAGCAGAUUUUCCUUUCCCAUCUGAAAAUCCCCAAUGGAAACGAACUAAAACAUUUCACGACAGUUUAACUCCAGAAUACAAUGAUACUUUAUUUUUCGAGAUUGAUCGAAAAUCCCGUUCAUUACCGCGUAUUUUAAAGCGACAUCCGCUGAAACUAACAGUUUAUGCAAAAGGGUGCGUGUUUGGCAAAUAUAGUUCCUGUUUUGAUCAGUUUAAUUGCAGUGGUUUUCUACGGAGCGAUAAUCUCAUUGGUACCGUGCUGAUGAAACUAAAUGAUUUGGAAACCAAAUGUACAAUACACGAAUGUUCAGCUUGGACGCAAGGACGAAAAGUGAUUAACGGACGUUUAGAGGUAAAGGUAAAGAUUCGUGAACCAUUACUUGCGAAACAAAUCGAAGAGAUCAAAGAGAAAUGGAUUGUAUUCUCAUAAUGUUCCAGUUUAUUUUCCGUGCUAUCAUACUGUUAUUUUUGUUUUUCUUUGUUAUCGAAUUUUUAUUGGAAUUUUAUCAGUU